AUGGCCGAUAACUCUGCCCGCAAAAUCACGGAUGGCAGAGUAGGUGAUCAAUUCCAAGUUACAAAAAAUUUCAACGGCAAUUUUGGAAACGCUGUCGGAGUCCCCAUGCAAACGCCACGUGGCAAAGCUUAUCCCAUUCCACCUGGUGACGGUCCCGUCAAUACUACGGUGGUCACUCGUCCAGAUUUUCGCCGAAUACCCAAAAAUGCACCCGUCCACAACAAUUAG